AUGGAGAGCGUUUCUUUUCAUCGCGACUUUGCCCAAGGCCUCACGCAAUUUACAACAAUGCCUUACCUAUCGCCCGACAACAUCCAACAUCCCCCGCUCGAGGGAUGGAGCGACUCUGAGCUGGACGUAGAUGGUCUACGAACUAUCCUAGGCCGGUCCAAUACUGCCGUGGACCUCCUACGCUGCCUUCCCUACUUACGGCCCGUCGAUGCAGGCCCUCAUACGGGGCAAUGA